AUGGCCGCCUUAUUUCACCAUUCGCGAGACUUACAACUUGCUGUCAGUGAAUAUUUUAUUGUGGUCGUUCGUGUAUGCUCUGAUAUGCUGCAAUUUACGAAAAUGUCAAGUCUGAAGCGGGUGGCAUCGUAUGUUUCAGAUAAGAUCUUGAUCGAAUACCAAAUGGAGCUCCAAUCCUGGGGCGAAGUUAUCAGAGAUGAACUUCAAAUCGAGAGAGCAAAGAAAAGACAACAAGAGGAAGCAGCCAAUUCAAAAUCUAGAAACAUUUUGGGAGAGCUUUUUCAAUCUUCAUCAAAUCAGGAGAAGUUUCAGGCUAAACAGCAAAUUCUGGACUUCUGUUCGCAGUUUGAAUAUAUGACCACAUGGAAGCAAAGUCGAAGAAUGGGAAAUACAAAAUUGUUUCGCGACUGUGAAAGCUACAAGGCCUGGAAGUCAGAUCAAUCAUGUUCAACACUUGUAUACACAGGAAAGCUCGGUGUUGGGAAAUCGGUGAUGUGUGCAAAUAUGGUCGACGACUUGCAAAUGCCACUGGAUGGCGAGAAAAGGGUUGUUGCUUUCUUCUUUAUACGAGAUGACACAGCCGAAACACUGACUGCGCGGGCCAUCAUUGGAUCCGUGACCCAGCAGCUGCUCAGCCAAAUAGUAGACCCCAAGACUGACAGCGACGUAUUCAAAGCUAUUUGUGAGUUGUUUCAGACCACUGCUUCCAUUGAUGACUAUCAACGGAUGAAAAAGCUACUAAGCCUCGUGCUUAUCCCGCAGAGGAAAGCGUUUGUCAUCAUCGACGGAAUAGAUGAGUUGAGCAGCUUUCAAAUGGGAGUAUUCUUCGAUCAAUUUGGUGAUCUGCAAAAAGGUCUCGGCAUAUCUGUCUGCAUAUCAACUCGCCAAGACUCCAGCGAUGCUAUCAAAAGUAGUCGAAAUGCUCUUCAUAACAGAGUUGUUGCUAAAGUCCCCGAUAAUGCUACUGAAAUUGAAAAUUACAUUAGCGAAGAGAUCAAUCGUCGUCUGCGAUCGGAAGAGUUGAUCAUUGGGGACAGGAAACUGAUCUCAGAAAUUAGCAAUGCUUUGUAUCGAGGAUCUCAGGAUCAAGAAAUCCGCAAUUCUCUCGAUGAUUUACCACAAGAUCUCUCAGAAACAUACGCCCGAAUAUUGAAGAAGUCAAAUAAGCCAGGACGAUCCUACCAAAGAAUAAUCCUGCACAUGGUAUUGGUUGCCCAACGCCAAAUGAUAAUUGAAGAAUUGCAGGUCUUACUCAGCGUAUCGCCCGGUGACAUAAAUUGGAAUUCGUCCCAACUUAUCAACAGCAUUUAUUCCACGCUCAAAUGCUGUGGGGGUCUUGUCACCGUCGACGAAGAAGAGCUCACUGUACACUUCGUUCAUCACAGCUUCAAACAAUAUCUCACUGAAUCCCCUGAGCUCGGGGAACAUUAUUGGAUCAGUGUGCAUGGUGCGCACCGCCAAAUGGCCUAUACUAUCAUCACGUAUCUAAGCUACUCGCUCUUCGAGCAGCAGAUUUCUUCACAAAAAGUCCCAAUUGUGCAUGCCCGUCCGGCAGUAUCAGAAAUCAUUCAAUCAACACGUUCUCAAGCUGGGUGGAUUGGAGAUAUCGCGGCAAAUCUUCUGCAGAGAAAAGAAAAACAUGCCUUGCGUAUGAAUAUUGGGAAGACUCUGGCAGAGGUGAGACCUGCUGCGCCUACUUCAAACCAAGCAGUACUAGCCUUCUCGGACUACGCUUCGACGUUCUGGGCUAUUCACCUUGCAGAGUCUCUUCCUUUACCUCCAAACAUAUCACCCCUCCUCCAGAGACUAUGCAAUCGGAACUUUUUUAGCGCAGAGAAGUCUCAAAAAAUACACAUUCUCUUUGGUAAGGCUGCAGAGUUCAACCAUGUUCUUCUCAUUCAAUAUGCUGUUGAGGCCAUGGGCGUUGAUGUCAACUGCGCAGUGAAUAGCACUGGAAGUACGGCUUUACAUGUGGCUUGCGCUUUCGGCCAUUAUGAGACAGUCCAAUGUCUUACUUACAUGGAUGGUACAAACUUAAUGGCGCUUGACUCUUACGGAAAGACGCCUGUCAGGAUAGCAUGCGAUGAAAUAAAUUUUCAGCUUCUUGAAUUCUUUUUUGACGCCGGGAUUCUGAGUCAAAGCUCCGAGUUGAUGGAACUUACUCUCAGAUUGGCAUGCACAAGCGGUCAUGGAAUUAUUAACAAAAUCUUCAAAGCUUUGCACAGUGAUCAACUCAUGUUCAAUCUUAAUGCAUCUGGAGAUGACUCCAAAACCGCUUUACAUCUCGCGAUUGAAAAUGGACAUGACAACAUUGCAAAAGCCUUGUUAAGUCUUCCAGGUGUGGAUGCUUCACAGUCUGAUGUCUAUGGCCACACUCCCUUGAUUCUAGCAAUGAGAGUAGAAAAUGAUGCCCUUUUUGGGAUGUUGAUGAAUCUUCCCGAGGUGGACAUCAAUAAGCCUGACCCGCGAGACGAAAGAACACCUCUACAAAAGGCUAUAAUUCUCAAAAGUGAGACAAUCAUAGCACACAUACUACACAAUACCCGUUCGAGAUUCCUCAUUACCGAUUACGGUCAAUUUGUUGACUGCUUAUCAUGGAUUAUUGACGGGCAAAGAGAUUCUCUGUUUAAGGUUUUACUCAAUCAUCCUGACGUGAAAAGCAAUUUAAGGGUUUUCUACCCCAUAACAAUAAAUUUCGUCAUGAAAUACGGCUAUGUCGCUUUCCUUGAGAUACUGCUCAGCCAUUUUAGUAUUGAGCAUGCUUUCCAGAGCCCAUUUGAUAAUACAAGCCUCGAACAGGCGAUUUCUCAUGGGGAUAACACCAUGCUACGCAUCUUUUUUGAUCAUCCAUCAAUCAAUCUUUAUAUUAGUGAAUAUUUGCACUCUGCCGUUAAACUCGGUCGUAUGGAUAUUAUGAAAAUGCUUAUGGCCUAUUCCAAAAUCGAUAUUAACCUAGCUGACAAAAACGGGUGUACCCCUUUGUAUCACGCUGUUCGGUGUGGCAACAUGGGUAUGGUGGAGAUGCUACUUGAUCGUCGUGAUAUUGCUAAUACUUUCAAUUUACGGUUGGAACAUUCACCACUAUGGAUUGCUAUAACCUCACACUAUACCAGAAUGGUAAAAAAGCUUCUUAAGCAUUAUGUCAUGGAUGACACUGAAAUGAGAAAUGCGGCGGGGCCAACCCUGAAAUUUGGCAUUGAAUUUGGAGACCAGAGUGUUGUCGCAGUUAUUCUAGCCCAUUUUGGUACGAGAAUUGUUCAAUUGAACGCCCGAUACAAGUUCUUGCAAGUGGCCUUGAGUAAUUGUCAACUCGCCAUUGCCAAAUUGUUACUUACUGAUGUUCCAAGAUCCGCUAUCGUACGUGACAACCGCGGUAGAUCAGCUUUACACUGGGCAAUACAAGCUCCCUGGAAUGAGAAAAGCGAUCGGGUAACCAUUAUCAGAUCCAUAAUGGAGUUGUUCCCUGUGCUACUUACCGCACGAGAUGACGAAAACAACACCUCACUGCACUUCGCUGCCCAAAUGAACCUUGACGAUGUUCUAAAGCUGCUUCUUCCGUCAACGCGUGAGCUAAUAAACCACAAAAAUAUCAAGGGACAAAUACCAUUGCAUCUGGCAGCUGGCAGCGAUGGAGGGGAAUCUGUUCUUACACUUCUGGCGUACGCUGCGAACGCCGACAUCCCUGACAAAAGUGGAUUGAACGCGCAAGACACCGCACUUAGAACACAAAAUAAAGAGGCUUGGCACUUGCUAGACAGUUACAGUGCAAGUCUCAAGCCUGAAGAUACCUCCAAGGGCAGACUCACACCCUUGCAUUGUGCUGCUACGCUUGGCGAUUUGUUUAUAGGGAGAAUUCUUCUCAAAGAGUAUCCCCACUUACUCAACUACCAAGAGCAAGAUGGAAUGACUGCUCUCCAUAUAAGUGUCCUCCAAAAGAGAACCGACUUUGCCCUUAUGCUCCUUCAUACAGAAUCUGUGAUCUUCAAUGAAACUGAUUCAUUCAACAACACUCCGCUCUCAUAUGCCGAAAAGGAUGGAAACAAACAGAUACAGGAUGUCAUUUUGCACAAACUAUCUGCAUGA